CCAAGUUGGUUAAAAUCAUCGUUUACACCAAACCCUCAGUGUGCUGUGGGUAGGUGCCGGUUUAAGGACGGUGACGUGUCUAACGAGACCGACGUUGUCAUGGUGAUGGGUGUUAGACUACAGGACCAGCACAAGCCGCCAGUCAGAUGGCCGGGUCAGCUCUACGUCAUGUUUGCUCAUGAGUCGCCUGUACACUACCAGAAAAGUUCUCUACAGAAAGCUUCUUCCCCUUGGAGGUACGCCUUCAACAUGACCCACACCUAUACACAAGAUUCCGAUGUCUUUUGGCCAGUGAACCAGUUAAGAUUUGAGUACACGCCACACUUACAGAAACCUAAUUACAGUGAGAUAUUUAAAAACAAGAACAGAACAGCCGUGUGGCUUGUCAGUCACUGUAGCACACAAUCUUUGAGGGAAAAAUACGUCAAAGAAAUGCAAAAAUACAUUGAUGUGGAUAUCUUUGGGGCAUGCGCUAAAAGACGAGUAUGCCCUGACAUAAAUGACACCGGGUGCCUGGAUAAAGUUUUCAACACCUACAAGUUUUACCUGGGAUUUGAGAACUCUGUCUGUGUGGACUACGUCACGGAGAAGUUCUUCAACGCGUUCACACCCGGCCGUCACGUGGUUCCCGUCGUCAUGGGUGGGGCAGACUAUGACCGUCUGCUGCCCAACGGUUCUUUCAUCAACACGGGCUGGUUCCAGACGGCGAGGGACCUGGCGAUGUAUCUAAAGGUCGUAGGUCAGGACGAGGCGACCUAUACCCGGUAUCUUAAGGUCAAGGACAUGUACAGGCCCACGGGGUCACAAGGUACGCUGUGUUUGAUGUGUGACGCUUUGUUUGGGGAUAUCAAACCUAAGGUGUACGACAUGUAUGCAUGGUUAACCGGACAAUGCCGGGCACCCAAAAAGUUUGUUUAG